CUCGGGCUGCGCGCCUGCGGCGGGGCGGCCGCCGCCGCCUGGCCCAACCUCCUGCUGCUGGGCUGCUUCGUCGUGCACUACGCGCACAGGGCACUCAUAUUUCCUCUUCUGAUCAGGGAAGGAAAACCAACACCAUUUUUCACUUUUGUGCUAGCGCUUCUGUUCUGUGUUUACAAUGGAUACUUGCAAGGCCGAAGCUUAAGCAACUAUGCAAAAUACCCUUCAGGAUGGUUAAAAGAUCCAUGUUUCAUUACAGGUUUUAUAGGGUGGUUGAUGGGCAUGGCAAUCAAUAUUCAUUCUGAUCACAUUCUCAGAAAUCUGAGAAAACCAGGGGAAACUGGUUACAAGAUACCAAGAGGAGGAAUGUUUGAGUAUGUCAGUGGAGCCAACUUCUUUGGAGAGAUCCUGGAAUGGUUUGGGUUUGCCCUUGCCUGCUGCACCAUUGAAAGCCUUGCAUUUGCGUUGUGUACACUUUUCAUCUUGGGUUCAAGGGCAAAACAACACCACCAAUGGUACCUUGAGAAAUUUGAAGACUACCCAAAGUGCAGAAAAAUUGUGAUCCCAUUUGUGUACUGAGCUGUGCUUUUAACAAUGUUUUUGAAGUGGCUGCUUUUUGUAACAGCUAACGCUUUACAAGUGUUGGCUGGUUAACAACCCAAUCUGAUCAUCACUGUGACAAAGCCUUUGCAUCAGUGCUGCUAUUAGUUAAUGCUUUUCCUCUUAAUGAAAACCCAGAAUCUGAUGGACAUGGUGAAUAGGAAGAGAAAAGCUUUUCCAACAGUGGAGCACCAUCAUAAAUACAUUAGGCAGCGUGUCUGAAUUCACAUCAUGGGAAGUACGGUAGAGGACUUCUGAUGCUUCCUUUUCUGCCUAUACAGGCUUCUGCUGUUUCCACCUGAUGUAGCCACGCUGUCCUGAGGAUUGUACUGUGAGCCCAAUCACCUUCACUGAAAUCUGGAUGGUGCGUUCUGCCUGUUAUUUGCCUGCAUACACAAACGGGGUUGAUUUUUUUUUUUUCUUUCCUUGCCUUCCCAAUCCUUUCUUCCCCCCACCUGCAUCUCCAGGAGAACCGAUGAUACAGACCAAGGACAUUAGAUGAAUAUAGUUGCUGUUAGGUGAGAGACAGUGUUCUUCCUCCUCUCCGCACUCUUUCACAGAUAUGGACACUGUAUAGAUAAUACUUAAUGCCAUUUACAUGAACAGCUGUAGUGCUACCUUUCUCAAAUAAUAGAUUGUCAUCUACCUCUCAAAUUUGAUAACUAUCUCAAUAUUCAGUAUGUGUUUUCUUACUCAACGCUAUUUUUGGAAGGCAUUCUUUAUUUGGGAUUCUUAGGCCGGUCUAGCACUGUUAACAAUUGUGUAAUGUUUUCUAACUUACUUUAUAAAAAUAUCUUAAGAUUUUUACAGUACUAUGCUGUUUAAAAAAAAAAAAAUCAAGUGUCUUCUCCUGUUGAUAAAGGUCUAGAUGAUUUUAUAUUCAAAAAUCUGUAAACUUUUAGUGCUGCUUGUUUUAUUAAUGUCAGUUCUCGCAUCCCUACAUUUUUCUCCUGAAGUACUCCAGAAGGGUUUCAAAAACAUGAUGGGAUCCCAAGCAUACUGACUUUCAAGUUUCAGGCACAUCUGUGUCCUUUGCAUGCUUGUGAUAUUAAAGAAUUUUUUUAGAAUUGCUGAAAAAAUCUAAGAGAUACUACAGAAAACGUAAAAAAACCCCAAACAAACAAAACAAAACCAAAAAAACCAAACCCACCCCCCCAAAGCCCCCCUGACAACCAAAUAAUAACAAUAAACAAAAAACAAAAAAACCCCACAAAAUCCCCCAAAUCUGCUGCUAAUAUACUUUGGAAAUCUAUGGAAAUCAAACUUUUGUCAAGCGUCUUCUGAUCUGUCUACGCUGUGUAUGUUGGGUUAUGUUCUUCAAAACAAAUUGGUAAUAUAAUUUUGUCAGAUGCUGAGUUUUCCAUUAUGGUAUUGCAGUAAGCUUUGUCUAAAGCUCAAAAUUCUGUCUUUGCUGGUGAGUUACACUGCUGUAGUAAUCAAAGUAACAUAUCUGAUGUAUAUUUAAAAUUGUAUAUAUUGGUUUAAAAAAAGUACAUUCAGGAAAUGGGCAGCGAAAAAGGACUUUGUGACCCAAGCUUCCGCUUAACAGUUGUUUCUUCCUCUUCUCCUUCCUGCCAUGUUUAUACAGUACUUACUGCACUGAAGUCUUGGCUGUCAUUAAGGAUUUGUUCAGUGGUGUAAAUAAGUGUAAAAAAAAUUCUAUCAUUAUUGACUGAAAAUAGCCAAAAAUAGCCAAAAUAGCCAAAGGAAGGAGGGGAGAGAAAUAGCUAGUCCUGCAGUGAUGAUAACU